AUGGUUCCGGCGAAGAAUCCAACCAAAAGUCCAAAGAGAACAAAAAAAGAGAACAAAAAAGAAAAUACAAAAAAAAAAGACAAAAAAAACGAAAAAGAAAAGAUAAAAGAAAAACGAAAAAGAUGA